CAUUCCCUAGAAUUUGGGCCGCGCCGGACGUAGUCGGAUCUGACAUGCGCGUAGUUCGUGACGUACGUAUGGUGGUAUGGUGGUGUCUCCGUGGCCCGCGUAUGUUUACGCUCGCUCGUCCUGUGACGGGGACCCGGCAAAAUGGACGAUAUAGCACUGCGGGCGCCCGAUCAUGUUUUAGACGUGAUAUUCUCGUAUCUGGACCUGCACACCCUUAGGAACUGCUCAUUGGUGUGCAAACGGUGGUACCGCUUCCUCAACGACGAGAACAACGACGUGUGGCGAAUGCACUGCAUACGAAAGCUCGCCCAGGAGGCCCUCAGCUCUGACCUGUUGUCGUCGGUGCCCACGCACAAGUCCAAGCUGCGCGCCUUCCACCACGCGUGGAAUCCGAACGAUUGUUCGCGUAACAUUUACAUAAAGUCCAACGGAUUCACCCUGCACAGAAAUCCCGUAGCGCAGAGCACGGACGCGUGUAGGGGCAAGAUAGGCUUCCGGCACGGCCGCCACGCCUGGGAGGUGAUCUGGGAAGGGCCGCUGGGUACAGUGGCAGUGAUAGGAAUAGCCACGAAGGAGGCGCCUCUACUGUGCCACGGGUAUGUAGCGUUGCUUGGCUCCGACGAGCAUUCCUGGGGUUGGAACCUCGUCGACAACCAUUUGCUGCACAACGGAGACCCGCAAGGGAAUUAUCCUCUGCUCAACAACGCCCCGAAGUAUCAGGUUGGGGAAAGGAUUAGAGUAAUUUUGGAUUGCGACGAUAAUACGUUAUCUUUCGAGAAGAACUACGAGUUCCUGGGCGUUGCUUUUAGAGGGUUACCAGAUAAGAGAUUAUAUCCAUCGGUAUCUGCGGUUUAUGGAAAUACAGAAGUGUCCAUGGUAUACUUAGGACCACCAUUGGAUGGCUAACACAUUACGUUAAAAAGACAAACAUAUCCUCAAAAGGCUCAUUUGAGGCUGUACAAUGCAUUCUUAAUGCCAAGUUCUCUGCACUAUAUCGACAUUGUCUACGUUUAAGUAGAGAAAGCACACGACGACAAACUGUACAAUAUUUACAGAGAAUGUGUGCCUGUAGAUUACUUGGUCGACUGUAAAUAAUAGACAUUUUAUUUUAUUUCAACUGCGAAAUUUACGCGUACAUUUAGUUUCAACGAAGUUAAAUCGAUCGAUUGGUGUAAUUGUACGUGUUACACAUGGAAGCUUUAAGUGACACUAGUCGUCAACUAACUCGGUAUCUGAUGCAAUUGCGAAAAUGUUUUAGUGAUUUUUACUCGAGUACUUUUAUUCAAUUACUCUAUGUUCGAAUAAAACUGGAAAUCAGUAAUUUAACAACAUAUACCUCUAUACUUAAUGCUUCUAUGUAGUACUGUUUUAUCUCUAUUACUUAAUUGCAAAGAUGAAAUGCGCAAUAUUUUAUACCAAUUUAUAACAAUAGUCUUAUUUUCAGAAAGGAUUUCUUGCGAAAAAGUUCCGUUGUUCUUAAAUAAUUGUUAUAAGUAACAUUUAAAUACUUUCCGACUUGUUUUUGCAUUUGUUACUUUGUAUAGUACAUAAUGAUCUCAGGACGCUCGUUGUAACAUCAUUUUUUUUAUUGCUAGAAUUGACGAACUUGUUGCGUACUUCCUGGAUGCUCAUAUCCUUUUUAAUAUACAUACCUAACUUAUGUAUUAACUUUUGUCAUAAAUGACACAUCACUAGUCAAAGGAAGACGAGAGGAGAUAUUUUUGUUAUAAAGUUCAAGCAUGAUUCACUCGUUCUUCGUCACUUGGUAAGCUUCAUGCAUAGAAAGUUAAGUUGUUUUUACAGAAAAUUAACUAUUAUUUGUUCUACAAUGAAAGCAAAAGCUGAAAAAAGAUUCUUCAUAUAAUAGUAUACAGGGUGUCUCACUUCAAGUGUUCAUUGAGUAUAGCUGCGUUAUUUUUGGUAUAAAAUUAAAUCGCGAAAAUAACUGUGUAGUAUAAUAAAAUCAAAUAGUGAACGGCUCUUGCCCCCAUUCAAUGGGCAUGAAGAUUAUUCGUCCUAAAAAUAAAUAAAUAAACAUUUUCUGUUUCUAAAAUAAUUAAUAGAUAGAGGCUCGCAUACUUGUAACACAUAAUUUGGAAGAAAGUACGAAAAAAACAAAAGAGAAAAUAUUUAUUAACCACGAGGUGGUUCGGGCGGUGCUUGUGCAAUGCAUUUUUCUUCGCAUUUUUGAACACUUAACGCCCUUACGUCUUACAUCAAAGCGACUUAGGCUCUAAGUCGUCAUAUUAAAUUCUUCGUUGUUACUGAAAAAUCUAAUAUCAUUUUAAUACCUUGUGUACAUGCUGUAUAAAUUUCUAUGCCACUGUUGUGGAUGAAUGAAUAGCACAAAGAGAUACCUAUUGCGUAAGAUCUUCAAAGCUGUCCUUUUCAUUCAUCAUCUAGUGAAUUUUUAAGUUAAUAACAUAUUUAUAUAGAUAUGUAUAUAUAUUUUUAUAUAUACAUAUGUAUAUACAUAUAAAGGAUUGUAUAUUACAAUCUGUAUUUAUAAAUAAUGCUGUUUUUAAUAUAAGAUUGAAUACUGAUGAUUAGAAUGAAUUAGGUGUGAUCCGUAAGACGAUUAUUUAUACUGUACAUAUUUAUUAUAAUGAUUGCGUUUGCUGUAUGUAGUGUUCGUGAAUUAGUUUUUCUAAACUUUUGUACAGAAUCGUGUACAUAGUGAUUAUAAAUAUUUGGGAAAUAAACUUUAUUUCGUAUGUA